GUCAUGCCUUCCCAAGAACCUGCAGUAGACGACAAGGACAACGUGGACCUUCCUUCUGAGAACACCGAUGGAAUUGCUUAUAUUUCUUCAAGCCGGAAACAUGACAACAUUAAAGAUGAUUCUGAGGACCUCAAGCCGGUUAUCGACGGGAUGGAUGGAAUCAAAAUAUCUCAGGGGCUCGGGCUGCAGGACUUUGACCUGAUUCGGGUCAUUGGGCGCGGGAGCUACGCCAAGGUCCUCCUGGUGCGGCUGAAGAAGAACGACCAGAUGUACGCCAUGAAGGUGGUGAAGAAGGAGCUGGUCCAUGACGACGAGGAUAUUGACUGGGUACAGACAGAGAAGCAUGUGUUUGAGCAGGCAUCCAGCAACCCUUUCCUGGUCGGCUUACAUUCCUGCUUCCAGACAACAAGUCGCCCCAAACACCCUCUGUCUCCCUCCAGGCUGUUCCUGGUCAUAGAGUAUGUCAACGGCGGGGACCUCAUGUUCCACAUGCAGAGACAGAGGAAGCUUCCAGAGGACCAUGCCAGAUUCUACGCCGCCGAGAUCUGCAUCGCGCUCAACUUCUUACACGAGAGAGGGAUCAUCUACCGGGACCUGAAGCUGGACAACGUCCUCCUCGACGCGGACGGCCACAUCAAGUUAACGGACUACGGCAUGUGCAAGGAAGGCCUGGGCCCUGGCGACACCACCAGCACGUUCUGCGGGACCCCGAAUUACAUCGCCCCGGAGAUCCUGCGGGGAGAGGAGUACGGGUUCAGCGUGGAUUGGUGGGCACUGGGCGUCCUGAUGUUUGAGAUGAUGGCCGGGCGCUCCCCCUUUGACAUCAUCACCGACAACCCCGACAUGAACACAGAGGACUACCUUUUUCAAGUAAUCCUGGAGAAACCCAUCCGGAUCCCCCGAUUCCUCUCGGUGAAAGCCUCCCACGUCUUGAAAGGAUUUUUAAACAAGGACCCCAAAGAGAGGCUCGGUUGCCGGCCACAGACUGGAUUUUCCGAUAUCAAGUCUCAUGCAUUCUUUCGCAGCAUCGACUGGGACCUGUUGGAGAAGAAGCAGGCCCUCCCACCGUUCCAGCCCCAGAUAACCGACGAGUACGGUCUGGACAACUUUGACACCCAGUUCACCAGCGAGCCCGUGCAACUGACCCCUGACGACGAGGACGUCAUAAAGAGGAUCGACCAGUCGGAGUUUGAAGGUUUUGAGUACAUCAACCCGUUACUGCUGUCCACCGAGGAGUCCGUGUGA